CUGCAGGCAAGAAUGGCAGAGCAGCAAGUCGUGCGCGGUGGCGCUGUUGGUGGAGAGGAUGAGGAGAGGCGAGGACACACGGUGGCGAGCGUGAGGGAAGAGCAAGAGCAAGCAGAGCAGAGAGCACAAGAUGGAGAACAUGGGGAAGGUGGCCAUGGAGAAGGUGGAGAAGGUGGAGAAGGUGGAGACACAGCAGACAACUUUGCGGCCAACUUCUGGAAGAAACAGCUUGCCACGUCAAAGAAGCCGCAAGACUUUAGAGUUCAGCAAGUACCCGUGAAUCGGGUCAAGAGGAUUAUGCGUCUCGACGAACAAGUCAAGCAACUGUCGCUUGAUGCGCCCAUCAUCAUGGCAAAAGCCGCCGAGUUCUUCAUCGCCCAGCUCACGACCGCCGCAUGGAAGGAGACAACACAAGAAAACAAGCGUGUCAUACAGCCCCGCCACAUUCGAAAUGCGGCCAAGCAGGAAGAACAAUACGACUUCUUGGUGGACAUUCUCAAUGAGCUCAUACCAUAACGAGGAUCGUGCAUGUCAGGACAUGCGCGCGCGAGGCAACGAAGUAACAGCAACACGGGCGCGUGCACACGACGCGGACGAAGGAACAGCGCUGCGACAAGUGCCAUGAAGAUAUGCAUCGACAUGGCAGGACGACGAGACGAAUGGAUACAGAAGGAAGGGAUGAAUCGACAAAGACACCUCGACAUCUCAACAUGACUCAGCACACGUGCACGAGAUGUCAACGACAGGAUGGACCGAAGAACAUAGACGAGGUGCAACCAAGACAAGCGACCACUGCCACACGUACGUGUGUGAGGGUGGGCGUGGUUAUGUAACUGGGAAUCGUCCCAACAAGCGCACAGGCCAAUAACAUGCCUGCUGCCGCUGCCGCCGCUGCUGCUGCCAGUGUAUGGUUAGAGGAGUGCAAACCCCUGGAAUCCCUCGGUGAUGGCGGUUUUGAGGCAGCGCUGGCACGUCUCCAAGCUCGUGUACCGCGGUAUCACAAGCUGCCACCACGAGUGGUGGUGGUGGUGGUGGUGUUGUUGUUUUGUGUGUUGUGUGUGUGUGUGUGUGUGUUGUGUUGUGUUGUGUGUGUGUGUGUUGGUGAAUGUGGGCGGAAUAUGUAUCUUUGCACCAAUAAACGACCGUGUUUG